ACAAUACAGACAGACUACAAGGGUGUAUGACAACAGUACUUGCAGAGAAGUUCCUCAUCUCUUAUCACGUCAUCAUGACAUUCUUUCUUCCUGUGGUGAUGCUGUGGCUGCUUUCUGGUGCUUCAGCUAGAGUUGUUUCGGCUUUUGAGAAUCAAUGUGAUGGUUUUUUUGCAGACAAACAACCUCCAAUUAUCACCCCGACACCUGCUUUCCAAAAUAUCUGCCAAACGCUAAAUGAUGUUGUUUAUUAUGCCACGCUUUAUGAUACCAGCAACAAGAUUCCUGUGUACUCAGCCUAUAAGUUUGAAGAGUUAAGGCAGUGUAAACGAUCAAGUGGAUGGUACAUUGAACCUCAGUGAGACAUUCUAGAUCUUCUUCUGGAGGUUAAGAGUUUGUGACAAGAGUACAUGAGACGGGUCAUUUAAAAUCCUUUUUGCUUCAUUCAGUGUGCAUUGCUCAUACAAAUUUUGAAUAUUGGGAAAGUGUUUCAGUCUUCAUAGCACAAUAUACAGUAUCUUUGAUUUGGAUUGUAGAUUUUCAAAAGGAUAUAUUGGUGAAAACAAGAAUGAUCGUGUCAAGCAAACGGAUGUGCCUGCUUUAGAAGAACAGUUGGCAAACCUUUAUCACUUUACAUGUUUUAAGUUGUUUGCUAGUUCUGCAAAUCCUACAAGGAAAAGAAAGGGUAACAUCAGAUUUUAAGUUGAUUGUCUAUGCAAUUGUAAAGUGUCAGUGAAAUGAAGGGCUUUUACAGGCAUGUAAUGAUACAUUCAUUGUUUGACUGAUGAAAUGAUAUAAAAAAGUAUGUGCAAACCUUUA